AAAGAAGUCUUCUUGGUUUUGCUUGACUAUCAGUAUCUCCCCGGACCCUCAGCCACUAGCUAGAGGCUGCGUCCUUACCACAAUCCCUCCAACACUUCCUUCAUACUCUUCAUAUAUCAAGGAUUGACCGUCAUGUCUUCAAUAAGGAACAGCACUGCAUGACUUCAGAUGUACAAGGGCAAGAAAUGGAAGACCUACUUCUUUAAAGUGACUGGAUCUACUUACUUACAUUAUUUCGGGGAGAGUAAGGCCAGUGAACCAAAAGAUCAAAUAUUCCUCACUGCAGUAUCUGCUGUUGAGCAGUUGAGGUCCCUCCAAAAGCUCCUAAAAAUGGCAACUUUGUAUUCGAAGUCUGUCACUCUGGCAAGAGCUCACCUUGGAUCAUCAGUGCUGAUAGUGAGGAGGAGAGACGUGACUGGAUGGAGACCAUUAAACCAAACAGUACCACAAUGCUACACAGCUCACAGAUCAAGGACACCAUCAAAGAAACAAAACCAUUUUAAACCAUGGAGGACCUCUGUCGCCCCUACUGGGACAUCACCAUGGCAACAGGUCAGCUACCUUGGCAGCCAAUGGAUCCCCUAGUAUGUAUCAGAGAAGCUCAUUACAAUAUGCUGCAACAGUACGGAACACACACACAGGUGCUAGACAAGGUUGUAACUAUUCAGAACCAGCUGUACAAUCUUAUUCACAUAGUAAUGCACAGUUCCUAUCCCUAGGAGGGACAGGAGGAGCUUAUGUAGGAGGAGGAGACUCGUAUCAAUUAACACAAUCAUUACCUUUUUUCCUUACCUUCUCUCUCACCCUCCUCUCCGAUACCUCUCACUCUGCCCGAGGUACAGCCCCGCCCUCAUGAGACACAGCCCCUCCUUCAUGAGACACAGCCACGCCCACAUGAGACUGAGCCGGAGUGAGCCCCAGCCACUUCAAAACCGAUGUCCAUGUCCGACCUUCCUCCAAUGCCUGAGCCUCGUCAGUUGAUAAUGGCUGGACCUCCGGGCAGAGUAUUUGGAUCCACUGCAGCUUAAUAUGCCAGCUGGGAGUAAGAGGAUAAUAGAAGAUAAUGAUGGAGGUGAAGAGUCAUUGAUAAUCAGUACUGUCCUCUCUCGGAGUCUCUACAGUGGUAAUUCUGGCUUUAAGGAAGUCUACAGGAAAGAAUUAUUAGAACAUUUAAAAACUGACCCUCUUCUCCAAGACCUUCAUGAUGCUGAAAUGGCCGACACCUCUCGACUCAACGCCCCCGCAAUAAUUGCCGAUUAUCCAUAUUUGGGAUCUUGUUCUCAUUUAUGUGACAUUGGUGGUGGGCUGGGGUCAUUCCUGUAUGCUGUACUCUGUCAUUAUGAUUUUAAGAUGAAAGGAACUAACUUUGAUCUACCUGAUGUCAUUGAUAAUUCAAAGUGAGGAACUGAUAGUGUUUUGUAAU